AGCUCCCUCUUUUGAGUGCACAUCUGACUAAUUCAGAGAUUUCAGCUUGACAAAUGAGUUGGAAUUUCUUUCAGAAACUCCUGCAGAAAAAUUGCUAACUGUUUUGGUCAACAGAAGUCUUAACACAGACAAGAGCAAAGCAGAUUCCUGCUGAGAAUCACCCAAAGACAACUCUGACAAAGAACUCUGAAAAUUCAUUUCAGGAUGAAGCUGCAAGAACAAUGUACCCUUGACACAAACAAAUGCUGUUCAUUGACCAAAGGAUACAAGAGGAUUCUUCUCCCAACUACUGCAGCCCCUACAAUGGGAAUCUGGCUUCUCCAAAGGCAGCUUUCUCUCCUGCUGUUGCUGCUGCUCUCUGACCUGCAGAGACCCACAGCGAGUUCUGAGGUUGCAGCUAAAAGAUACAUUGACUUGUCACCAGAUUCCUUUGAUGAUCAGUACCAAGGUUGUGGCCAAGAGAUCAUGGAGGAAUUAAAUCAAGGGGAUUAUUUCUCAAAAGAACUAGAAACCCACAGAAAUUACUCCAAGGUGUGGCAGAAUGCCCACGUAAACUGGCUGAACCAAGAAAAAGGUCUCCCUGAGAACAUGACUAUUACACAUGCUGUUGCCCUCUUGGUUUAUACACUGAACAAUAAUGUUCGCUCUGACUUCACUAGAGCCAUGGCUAGUGCUGGUAGGUCUCCAGAGCAGUACAAACAUUCCUUCCAUUUUAAAUAUCUACACUACUAUCUGACCUCAGCAGUCCAACUCCUGAGGAAAGAGAUUAUCAUGAAGAAUGACUCUCUGUGUUAUAAGGUGUACUAUAAGGCAAAGGAUGUCUACUUGGAAGUUUCCAUAGGUGCCACGCUUCGAUUUGGCCAAUUCCUUUCAACCUCACUCCUAAGAGAAGAGGCACAAAAUUUGGAGAACCAAACGCUAUUUACCAUAUUUACCUGCCUGGGUGUACCUGUACAACACUUCUCUCUCAAGGAAGUGGUGCUGGUCCCUCCCUAUGAGUUGUUCGAAGUUGUAAAUAUGAGCUACCACCCAAAAGGAACUUGGUUGCAAUUGCACUCAACUGGGAACUUCAGCACAUAUAACUGUCUGCUGCUAAAAGCUUCCAGCAAGAAGUGCAUCCCAGCUCCUAUAGUUAUAGCUUUUCUCUCAUUUUUAACCAGUUUUAUCAUCUUGCCCAAAAGUGGAAUAUAAAGGAAACUUGUGGUUUUGUUGUCCUGAACUCUUUUGCUUUAUGGCUCUCAGAAGAUCCAGAAUACCCUUGGGAGUACCUAUCAGUUGCUGCAGAGCUGGCUCAACCUACUGCUGUGGGUGGGCCUGUAAUUCUACAUAUUUCUUCUCCAUGAAAACAGAGAUUCAUGCUGAAAUAGAAAUGACCCAAGCAGAGAUUGUGAGAUGUAAUCAAGAUACUUUUUUGGAAU